AUGCCCAGAUUGGAGCACGAUCUCCAGGGUCUGUCAGAUCAUGUCCUGAUCUGCACAGAUCUUGAUAUCGGUCCCGAACCGCCCGGAUCUGGGCGACGGACAAUUAAACCCAGAAGCGAGGCUGAGAAGUCUUUCAUUUCGGAUAUUCUCUGGGAUCUUGCGGCUAUUCCUGUCGCAGCCCCGGCAACCAAGGAAGGCGUUGAAGCUUUAGCCGAUGCUAUCGCGACAGCGUUCUCGGACGCAUGGCUUGUCCAUUCGACCAAGUCCAAACCUACCAAGCGCUCCAAGUCCUGGUGGACGGAUGAGUGCUCGGAGACAUUCAGCGUAUAUCAGUUGAGCCGCUCGCUCGCUGAUUACAACAAGUUUAAGAAGGCAUGUAAGGAUGCCAAGGAUGAUUUCUUUGAUGAAUGCAUCGCAGAAAUUGCUACCUCUCGCAAGCGCCCAUGGGACCUGAUGGAAUGGGUCAAACAGCGCAAGCUACCACCCUGUGAGGCUAUUCGCGAUGGCAACCAGCCUUGCCACGAUAUGGACGACCUAUGGGACGCCCUUCACAGCAUGUACAAUUUGGCCUCUGGUCGCGAGUACGAUGCCUCAGUCUUAGAUGAGCUUCCCAAUGAGCCGGUCCGCGAGUGGGCUGACUUUUCGGAGCAUGAGUUGUUGAGUGCCCUUAAGGGGUGCUCCAACUCCUCUGCACCAGGACCGGACCAUAUCACAUGGGUCCACCUAAAGGAGCUGCUCAAGGACAAGCACGUCCUUGCGCUCUUCAUCAUGUUGGCCAACGCUUGCCUCUGGGUUGGGCAUUGGCCAGGUAUGUUUAAGGAGUUGCUAUCAGUUAUCGUCCCAAAGCCGAACAAGCCCUCCUAUGCAGUUCCGAAGGCUUUCAGGCCUAUUGUCCUCCUCAUCACUUUUGGUAAACUUAUCAAGAAGAUGAUUGCCAACAGGAUACAGUUUGACGCCGUCAAACAUGAUAUCUUCCAUCCCAAUCAACUUGGCGGUAUCCGCCAGAGGUCCACCGAGGAUGCUGGAUUGAUUCUGACUCAUCUCAUGCGAGCAGGGUGGGUUAAGGGUCUCCAGACUAGCGCGCUGGCUUUUGACAUCGCGCAGUUCUUCCCUUCUAUCAACCAUGAGAUGUUCAUGGCUGUACUUCGCAAGCAAGGGUUUUCACCGGUUCUGGUGGAAUUCUUUGCCUCCUACCUUGUAGGCCACUCCACAGUUUACUGUUGGAACACCUUCCAAUCCGACUCACGGUCUGCGGACGUGGGUGUCAGGCAGGGCUCUGCUCUCUCGCCUGUUAUCUCUGGGCUGUUCAUUGCUCCGGUAAUGAAGCUCUUCUAUAUCAAGGCGGCGCCACUCAACAUGACGCUGCUUUCCUUUGUGGAUGACGGGACCAUUCUGGCCCAAUCCAAACAACUUGAUGAUAAUAAUGUGGGCCUGCAUGCCUACAAUCCCUCGCUGGAUCUGGGGUACGCCCCACAUACCGGUGCUACACCUUUGAAGCCGAAGACCUAUUGGAAGUACUUGGGCUUCUACUUUGACCACGGGCUCACCUUUCAUGAGCACGUUCGCUACUACGCCACCAAGGCGUUUACCACUGUGCAGGCCAUGCGCAUGCUCAGCAACUCUACCAGAGGUCUCUCGCCUAAACAGCGCCGCCUCUUAUAUCGGUCGUGUGUGGUCCCCAUUGCCACAUACGGCUAUCGUCUCUGGUAUUUCGACGGCGCCCGUUACAAGGGUGCGAUGAACCAGUUGAAACGGAUGCAGCGUAAAGCUGCUCUAUGGAUCACGGGUGCCUUCCGCACCUCACCUACAGGCGGUCUUGAGGCUCUAGCGGGCCUCAUUCCUGUCCAUCUUAUGCUGAAGAAGCUGGCAACGCGUGCAGUGUAUCGCGUCGCCACCCUCUCGGACACCCACCCCCUUCGCUCUAUGAUGGGCGAGGGACUCCUUAAGCGAGCCGCACCACAUGCUCGCUCAGCCGCCUUGAUGACCCCAGCCAUGCGAGGGAAAGUCAAGAGCACCGUUAUGGAGGUGGACGAGCGUGUCCACACCUUAACUGAGAGCUUCGAGCCUUUUGCGCCCGAAGCUCGCCCAGGCGAUCGGUUACUGGACCGCUAUGCGGACCGUCUCCAUUUUGAUGAGCGCGAUCCUACCCAGGAUAGGCGCCCAUAUCUAGACGAGCUCAUCGCCAGAGCGAGGGCUGACCCGCUGACAGUACUGGCUGCAACUGAUGGCUCUGUCCCUCAGUCCAACCAGUAUCAGGCGGCUUCAGCUGCCAUAAUCUACAAGGGACAUCGUGAGCUCGAAAGGACUUGCUAUGUCUCUGGCAGAGUUACCACCCCAGAUGCGGAACUCAAUGCCAUCUCGUGUGCAGUACGCCUUGCUGCCAAGCAGGCAAACUGCCAACAUAUCAUGGUCUUUACUGACUCCAUGGGCUCAGCCCAUAGAGCAGUUGACCCUUCCGUACAUUCUGGUCAGGCUUUUAGCCUGUCAGUUUGUCGCGUUCUUCAAGAGUGGUUUGAGGCAGACGAUCUCCGCCGCAUUACCUUCGUUUACGUCCCAUCCACUCUGCGGUGGGAUAUCCAUGGUGAAGCACACAAGUAUGUCACCAAGCUCAAAGUCAGGGUUGGACGUCGCAAGACGGACAACUCCAUAGAUGCGCUACCCUCUCGAGCGGCGCACUCAGUCCUGGAUUCGUGGGGUUCCACUUUCCAGGAUCCAACCUACCGAGGCUCUGAGUUUUUAGAGCUUCAACAGCCUGACGGGCGGCCGCUACAGCCAUCGUACCUCAAUGGGGGACCUUGGCUUUCAACUUUCGGACACAGUAUCACUGAGUUCGCCCGCGUUUGCCGGUGUAUAACUGGCCACACGCCCAUUGGAGCGUAUUACCGUCGCUUCAAGAUCAAUGAGCCUCACGGCUGCACUUGCGGGGCUGCUUUGCAGUCCCGUCAGCAUAUUCUCUUUCACUGUCGCGAUCGCUACUCCGUGCACUACCCCCGAUUUCUUGGGGACAUUGCAGCUUUUAUGAAGUACAACCCUAUGGUGUUUGGCUUCACCCGGGACCCUUCGGGGGUCGGAUAA